AUGGAGGGCUCUGUUCAUGGCCUGAGGCGAACAGACUAUCUUGUUCUCCUUCACACUUACUAUGAAGUCUAUGGAGUGUACGCGCUUCUCUUGGCAGUCUUCACAGUCUACAGCAUCUCGCUUGUCAUAUAUCGCCUUUACUUCCACCCGCUAGCUCGCUUCCCAGGCCCAAAGCUUGCUGCUGUUACCGGCUGGUAUGAGUUCUACCACGAUUGCGUGAGAGGAGGACAGUAUCUCUACGAGAUCGAUUCUAUGCACCAGAAGUCCCAUUAUCGCAUUAACCCCCACGAACUCGUCGUGAAUGAGUUGCCUCCAACACCCGUCGCAGAGAGAAAUGGAGCAGCCUGGAAAGCUUCGGACUUCGCGGCUCGUUGGCCUUUACCCGGGACCAUGAUCUGCAUCGUAUGCGCCGAAAGCGCUAUGAGCCCUUCUUCUCGCGCCUUAGCCAUUGCGCGAUUGUUCCCCGCAUCUGCCCUUAAACCCUUGAUUCCUUCAGCCGGAGCCUUCAACAGUUUCCUCGAGUUCUCAACCGACCACAUCAACGACGCGAAGCGCGAAUCGCUUAGCGCUGACAAGCUGGAGCAGAACAUCAAAAGCUCCGUGUUCCGAUACGUCCUAUCAACAGAUAUGCCCGAGGCUGAACGUGAUACUGAAAGGCUGGCGAGAGAGGCUGCCCUGCUUUUCGGCGCAGGCAGCGUGACUACUGGUCGGUUCUUUGCCGUGACCAUCUAUUAUACCCUUAAAAACAACAAGAUCAGAGACCGCAUCUCUUCCGAGUUGAAAGAUGUCAUGGCAGGGUAUCCCUCCACUUUGCCGAGCUGGCAGGAGCUGGACAGGCUACCGUAUAUGCAUGCUACGGUGAAAGAGGGUCUCCGACUCAGCUACGGUGUAAUGCGUCAUCUCUCCCGCAUCUCUCCCGACACUGCUCUCCAGUACAAACAAUGGACGAUACCACCCGGCACCCCGGUCGGUAUGUCAUCAUACAGCAUGCACACAGAUCCAGAGGUCUUCCCCGAGCCCUUCAAAUUCAUGCCUGAGCGCUGA